AUGUUGUCAAAUUUUAAUCAAUAUAAUCAAAUAAAUCUGGACGUUCAGAAACAAGUUUUAACACCAAUUAAUCCAACUGCUGCCGGAUCGAACGAUCAACAACAACAAAUUCCUGUUGCAGUUGUCGCUGCGACUACUGAUAAUUCAGUCAGCAAUAAAAAAAAUUCAAAGUGGAUAGCUCCAAGUUCUGUUCGUUAUUGUGACGCUCAAAAAACACAAGAAGAUCGACACAAUGAUUUGUUUCGUCGUUGCCGUGGUUUAUUAAAUAAAUUAACACCGGAAAAAUUCGAGAAAUUAAGUUUUGAUCUGUUGAAUAUUGGGAUCGAUUCACCGAAUGUAUUAAAAGGCAUAAUUUUAUUAAUAUUUGAAAAAUCUCUAGCUGAGCCAAAUUAUUGUGGAUUAUAUGCUGAAUUAUGUCUUCGAUUGGAUAAAGAUGCACCAAAUUUUGAACCAGCCGGAUCAGCAAUCAAAACAUUUCGCCGUCUUCUGUUAGCAAAAUGCGAAUAUGAAUUCGAGAAUCGUGCUAAAACACCAGUACAGAACGGCAAUGAAUUUGUUGAAUACGAAGAACAACAACAACAAUCUGACCAUCAACAACAACCAGCAUUGACAGCUAGUGAACUACGUAUACAGGCAAAGAAAAAAGCUGUUGGAAAUAUUAAAUUUAUUGGUGAAUUAGGUAAAUUAAAUUUGGUUUCUGAAGCGAUAUUGCACAAAUGCAUUAAAACAUUAUUAAAAAGUGGUAAUAAUGAAAGUUUAAAUGAAAAAUGUGAAGACUUAGAAUGUUUAACAAAAAUAAUGCAAACGAUCGGUAAAAAAUUGGACAACGAACAAGCAAAAAAUUUAAUGGACCAAUAUAUAGAACGUAUUAAAAAAUUUCAAGCAAAUAAAGAUUUACCGUCUCGAAUAAGAUAUAUAUUGCAAGAUGUUAUCGAAUUACGCGAGAAUAAUUGGAUACCACGAUUUGCACAAAGAGAAAACGAAACAAAAUUAAACAUUGAAGAAUCAACAAAUAUACAAAAACAACACAUACAGCAACAACAACCGAUCUUUCCUUAUCCAUAUGCGCAAAAAUUUCAGCCUCCAUCCGAUAUGAUGUAUCAAAUGGGAAACAGACCGAUGCGACCAUCAUUUCCUCGACAAAUACAAAAUCAACGCCAAUAUGAUGCAACUUGGUCGAACAUGACUCAAAAUACUUCCACACAGCGCCCAAUAGCACCUGCACGCUUGACAACAGGAGCUGUAAGCACUGGAAUUGGUGCUACAAAUGUUCCAUUAUCAUCUGAUCGAUUCCAGUUUGAACGUUUAAAUCCAUUAUUAACAGGUAAUCAACAACAGUCUUCACAUUAUCAACAACAACAAAGACAGCCCUCAUCGUCUUAUUUUCGUUCUUCACAGCCGUCAGUAGCCUCCUCCACGUCUCCAAAGACAAGAGGACAACAAACAACAUAUAAGAAUAAUUCAAACUUCAAUCUCAUGAAUCCGUUUGAAACUAAUAAUAAUACUACCAACAAUCAUCGUACGUCGCCAACUAUUUUAAGCGAUAAUAAAUUAAAAACAUCCCUUGAACAGACUAAUGGUGACAAACGUCCAUCACCCUCGACAACACCGCCCCUACCUAAACCAACAGUAACAGUUGUGAAUGGUUCGUUUGGUGAUGAUGACAAUAAAACAGUCUCUCAACCGAAACCAUUUAUACGUCCUCCUUUGACAUUAAAUGGGCCAACGUCAUUUACACCUACACCUCGCAGUUCUGCCCCACGGCCGCAAAGUCGAACUAAAUCUUGGUUACCUACAGAUCGCGAAGCAUCUCAAAUGAUUCCCAUCCAAAUGGAAAAACAACAAGCACCUCAAACUAAUCGAACACAAAUAUCUAACACUUAUUAUAAUACUGAUAUCGUUGAUAACCAUCCGUUGACAAAACAACAAAGUAAUUUAUCAUCACUGAUAAAAACAUCAAUACCACCAACAGUAGUAACAUCUCAACUGCAGAAUGUCUCCGGAGUUUCUGCCAAUUCAUUGUCAUUAGAUGAAUUACAUGAAAAAUACGACACAUUUUUAACUAGUGUAAAUGAUAUUGAAGUACUUAUUCAAGAAAUACGUUGUUUAAAAUUAUCGAAAAGACAAACAAUUGAAUUUGGAGAAUAUAUAUUGAUUAAAUCUGUCUAUAAUCAUAAUAGAAACAUCGACUCAUUAUGUAAAUUAUUACAAGAAUUGUAUAAAAAUGGUUUAUUUAUAAAUGAACAAUGCAUCCUUGUCAUAUCGAAUAUAUUACUAAAAAUAAAUGAUCAUGAAAAAGAUAUCCCAUUAUUUAAAUCAGAAUUUUCAUUUAUUUUAGCAAAAUUAAUUUCAUCAAGUUUAGAUGAGAAACAGCUACCACCGCCAAAAAAACAGACAUCAUCAUCGAAUUGUCUUUUAUCACUGACUGAUUUAUGUAAAAUACUAAAGGAUGGCCAAUAUCAUCCGUUAUUUUUAUUAGUUUUACAACAAUUACAAGAUAUUUAUAAUAAUAAUGAGGUGUAUAUGUAUAAUUUAUUAGAAAAAUCUAAAAUUAAUAUGAGUGAUAUGUUACCACUUGGUGAUAGAAAAGAUGACUUGUUAUUAAAUGUUUUAGAAGAUCGACGUUUAGCGUAUUUAUGUCCAUAUUUAAAAUUUCGUUGUAAGCUCACUGAACAAUUGCAUUCAAAUAUCACAAAUAGUGACUUAGAAACAUUUAUUGAUGAACAGACAAUAAAUUAUAACAAGCAAGAUAAAAAAUUUAUCCAAACUCUCAUCACAUGUAUCUGUGAAGCAGCUAUUGAUUGUACAACAAUACAAACUACAAAUAUCCAACAACGACCAGAUAAACAGACGGUAGUAAAGGAAAAGCAAGAAAUAGAAAAAUAUCGUCAAUGUUUACAAAAAUAUAUCACGACUAUUGAUCAACAAGUUGAGGCAUUAUAUGCAUUACAAUUAUUAGCAUAUAAAAAACAAUUCCCUAAAGAAUUAUUGUUAAGAUUAUUUAAGUAUUCAUAUGAUUUUGAUAUUAUUGAAGAGGAUGCUUAUUACAAAUGGAAAGAAGAUAUUAACGAUGAUUAUCCAGAGAAAGGCAAAGCUUUAUUUCAAGUGAAUCAGUGGAUAAAGUGGUUGGAAGGUGCAGAAGAAGAAUCCGAAUCUGAUGAAACAACGCAACUAGCAGUAACAGCAACGAAAUUAAAUGAUAUUUCGUCGGCGACUACAACAAUUGAACAACAAAAUCAGCAAGAACAAUUGAAGGAUACGAUGAUUAAUGAAAAUGGAAAUGAGAAUUAA